UUUUUGGUGUAGUGUUUUGCAGAGGGAGACGUGUAAAGCACCUGCACCUAAACACCAAGAAUCGAGUACUGCCAAGAGCCUGUCGCUGUAUUGACUGUCGAGCAAAAUGGUGAAAGUUAGAGGUCCGGGACUUGCUGUUUUGAAGAAAAAGAUUCGUGAUAGCGAACGACUGUUAAAAAGGGAGAAUCUUCCUGCAAAUGUUCGCGUCGAACAUGAACGUGCUAUUGUUGGUUUGAAGGAGCAAUUAAUUUCGACCCAAACGAAGUUAAAAGAAGCUAAGCUUCUUGACAAAUACAGAAGAGUUCGGUUUAUUGAAUUCAAAAAGGCCUCCAAGCGAAUGAAACAGGUUCAGAAACAACUGGACGCAGAGACAGACCCCGAAAAGCGCAAGGAACUUACUCUACGGAGGCACAAGUAUGAAGUUGACUUGAAGUAUAUUAAGGAAUUUCCUUCCUUAAAAAAGUACAUUUCUCUUUAUAUUGAGGACACGACAAAGGAGACAAAGGAAAAGCGUACUGCCAUUUGGAAAGAAAUGGAGCAAAAAUUAGAAAAGGAGGGUCAUACAGUCGCUCACGACAAGUUCUACGAAGCUUCACAAACUACGAAAACAGUUGAAAAGUCGAAUGACAACUCUUCCUCUGUGAAAAUGGAGGAUGAGUUCUUGGAGGUAUAGAUAAGCUUCUGAUGCUUAUAUGAGACGUGACCAAGCAUCGGUAAAAUUAUUGUUUUUUUCUUUUUUUUUUUUUUUUGGAAAUUGGAACGGGGACGGCUUACAGCCCGUACAAAUCAUAUUACCCUACAGAAGCGCAAUGAUGAGUCAAGGACGCUGAAGGGGUUCUUCUUCAAUAUCAUUCAUAAAACGAUGUCUACACUAAGUCUGAACCGUAUUGUGAGCCUAAGACACCAUUGGAACUAUGCACCUAUAUGUACCAAGUACUUGAUACACACAUAUACUCACCCACCCAUUUAAGUGUCAUUGCACUAAAGUUCACUAAAUAAUAUAAUGUGGGUUCAGGCAUCACUAUCCAGUUUACCACGCUUUACCGUUCCGCACAGCACAAUCGGAGGCAAAUUCGCUGAGCGAAAAAAAGAAAAUUACAGAAAUUAGAAAACCUUAUUUCAGAACAAUGUAAUACAUGCAUUCUACUUCUUACAAUUACUUUUAAAGUUUUGUAAAUACAUUUUUGCGACCCGGCAUUCACCUACAUUUGGUCAUGU